AACAAAACAGGGACGCAUUAGCAACGAUACUCUGGAUUAAUUCUGACAUGACAAACCUGUCUUCCAACCAGGACUGAGGCAGAAUCUGGCCAGUCUGGGGCAAUGGCAGAUGUUCUGGAACUGAGAACAGAUGGGAACUCCUUGCUGAAGGCAGUGUGGCUGCGGCGACUGCGACUCACCAGGCUCCUCCUGGAGGGCGGAGCUUACAUCAACGAGGGUAAUGAUCAUGGUGAGACACCCCUCAUGGUGGCUUGCUUGACCAAACACUUUGACCAACAGAGCGUUGGUAAAGCCAAGCUGGUCAAGUACCUUCUUGACAACAAAGCUGAUCCGAACAUUCAAGACAAGACAGGCAAGACGGCCCUCAUGCAUGCCUGCAACCAGAGGGCGGGGGCAGAAGUGGUCUCUCUACUAUUGACCAAUGGAGCAGAUCCCAGUCUAGAGGACCGUAGUGGAUCAUCCGCCCUGGUCUACGCCAUCAAUGCAGAUGAUAAGGACACGCUCAAAGUGCUACUGGAUGCUUGUAAAGCCAAGGGCAAAGAGGUCAUCAUCAUCACUACAGACAAGUCACCCUCUGGCACAAAAACCACCAAGCAGUACCUGAAUGUUCCCCCCUCUUCAGAGCUGGAGGAUAUGUGCUCCCCUGCGGUAUGCACCUCCCCUUCAGAGAUCAACCUCAACACCUCUCCUAUCCCAGGCAAAGAAGAGGAGCAAGAGACCAUAUUUGCUUUUCAAAGCAAGUGGAAGUCAUCCUCCAAGCUUCCCAAUGGUCCCACUUCUCCAAUUCGGAAGCCCGUAAACCCCAAGCGGGCACGCCUCCCACAGCUAAAGCGCUUGCAGUCUGAGCCCUGGGGCUUGAUUGCACCAUCCGUGCUGGCUGCUACCCAGGAAGAGAGUAAGAGAGCCAACAGUGAUGAGGAUGUUGUUGCUGGUGUCAACGGACUGACUCUCUCCAAGAGGGCUCCUCUGUCUCGGCACAACAGCAUGGAUGGUAAAGAAAUCCUGCUCCCUUUGGUGGCGGAACAGUCAACCAAAAUCUCUCCUACUUCAUCUCUUCCACCCUCUUCCAAGGUGUCUUAUGAGAGGUCUCUAGGCCAGCAUCAGCCACUGGCUCGGCGAAGCACAGUCCCACCUGAGCAAGAGGCAUCCGCAGGAUCCUGUGGCCCGGCCGGCCUCAGAGACACAAUGCACCGGAGGAGACUGGGGAAUGAACAGUAUGACUCGGACUCCCAGCUCUACUCAGACUCUGCCAUGCUGGGAUCUCCCAAGGUGCCCCUGGAGAGGAGAAAGCUCAACACGUCUCCACUCACUAUGCUUACAGGCUCACGAGAAUCCCUGGACAGCAACACCAGCACUUCCUCUCCAAGUGCAUCCAGGCGGCGAGCACCGGGCAUGCUGGAGCGCCGUGGCUCAGGGACCCUGCUACUGGACUACAUCUCCCACCGCCCUGGCCACCUUCCCCCUCUCAAUGUCAACCCCAACCCUCCUAUCCCCGAUAUAGGCAGCAAGCCUUUGUCCCCCCUCACUGCAGCAUUCCGGCCCUCUGCUCCCGUAGCACCAAACUCACCAAAGAGAGGCAACCUCAGGAUGAAGAAGAAGCUUGUGAGAAGGCACUCUAUGCAAGUGGAACAGAUGAAACAGCUUUCAGACUUCGAGGAGCUCAGCCAUCAGUGAUGAGAAAACAGCAUGUGCAGAUGUAGCAACUCCCACAGCAAGAAAAGCAAGUCAGCACUUGAAGUAGUGCCUGUACGGGU